GAAAAGAUGUCGCUUCAAACUAUCGAAGAAAUGGACGCCUACCCUGCUGUAGAUGACUCUGGAGACCACCUUCUCGACCCGAAUAUGAUACCAACCGCCGCCACGGAAGUAGUAAUGUCGGGAGAUGGAAUUGAGAGGCAAUUCGGCGACGAGGAGGACACCUAUCAAUACGAGUACACUUAUGAAGACGAUCCGCAGCUGGAAAUCGGAGAGGAAGAGGUUGUGGUGACGGAUGAAGCUGAAUAUCAGGAACACUGGAAGGAUGAGGAGAAAAAAAUGAAUCUCUACGACGUGCUGGGCAGCAAAAUGUACCUGGAAGACGACGAGAAGGGGGGUCCGAAACGUAGUCGAAUCGACGACGAUGAAGCCUCCUUCUCAGACGUCUAUCAUCACCACCAACCACCACCACCACCACAUCCGAGAGCCGGAGCACCAGGAGACUAUAGAUAUGCUGUAGAUGACUACAGAGAGUAUACAGUCUAUCCAACAAGUGGGGGGCCGAAGCAGCAGCACGGCGGAGCCCACAACUCAGUUGAUAGAACAUGUCAGGGAUGUGGAAUGAUGUUGAGACGCAGUGUAUUCUAUCAUCAUGCGAGAAUGAUUCGUGAGAAAGGAGCUUGUAAUUUAUUUACACCGCAACGGUUCCCAUGCACACAGUGUGAUGCUCGGAUUGGAACUCUUGAGAAGCUCUGUCAGCAUAUGGAACAGAUUCAUCAGGCGCCCACGCAAAUUAAGACGAUGGUUUUUACGAAUGAAGAGGAUUUUAAACAGUUUCGUAUUGAGCUCGAGGGAAAAGGUGGCAAUUUUCGGAUGGCUAGAGGAAAUAAGAAGAAUAAGAAAGGAAUGGUUCAAUAUUUCCGUUGCAAUCGUCUCCAAACACUUUCCCGCUCUCAAACAUUCCGUCCAGUCGACAAUCCGUCGCUCGAAGAACUGCCAACUAAUCGAAAGCGUGGGCGGCUUCACCAGCAAGAGCUCCGUCAGCAAAGUGCUAAACAGGUCAUACGGACUGAGAACUCGUGCACCGCGUUCUAUAAUAAAGCCUAUUUGGAUAAUGGAACAAUCGAAGUCCGCUUCUGUGACCAUCAUCUUCACGACGACGAGAAGCUUCGACUUCCAGAAGCCGUUAGAGCUCGAGUUAUCGAAUUGGCACGGAAAAAUCUACCACAUGUCGUUAUUCUUAUGAUUGUUAAAGAUGAACGCUUCAAAUAUUGUGAGAGAAAUUCGGCCAACGAUCGACGUAUUCAGGAUAUGAAGACUCAGGAUAUUCGACAAGUGCUUGCCGGAAAUAAUCGAUCUGUUAAAACGCGAAUUUCUCGUGGAGAGCAAGUUGAACAAUUCGACCGUUUUGCACACUUGGGACACGUGGACGAGGAUCCGACACGGCCAUGGAACGAUGUUAGGCCAUCGGCAAAAGUGGAUCGACUAUCACUUUCACACUCUGAAUUAAGAUAUCUCGAUUUAUUCGAUACAAAUCGAGAGGAAAUUAUGGCUAAACUCAAUGAGAGAUCACGUGUUGAGCAGAGUAAAAAAAUGCUCUACGACUCGUUCAUCCAUCGCCUAUCAAGCUCAAACGAGGUGAUCAAACAAAUCGACUACCGCGACCUGAUCCCCAACGAGAGCACCCUGCUGAAGCUGAAAAAAGCCUAUAACUACCUGGCAAAGAUCGAGAACGAGCUUCUGAACCCGCGCCGAGAGCAGAUCAAUCCGAUCCGCGUCACCUCAUACAUCAGAAUGAUGGAAGAAGAAGCAAGGCUGAUCGAGAGGACUCGACAGGCGGCCAGUGCUCCUGGAGCAGCUGCUGGAGAUGAGAUUGAUGUUGUUGGGAUUGACGAGGAGGACUACCACCAUCAUCAUCAUAUGGAUCUUCAUGAAGUUGUGGAAGAGGAAGAAGUUGGGUAUCAUCAGGAGGAUCUCGAGCUGGAGCAGGAGCUUCAAGAGCAUGUGGAAGAGGAUUAUCUGCCGGUGGAAGAGGAAUUGGUGGAAGAGGAGCUGGUGGUGGAAGAAGAAGCUCUUCCAGUGGAGCAGCACCAGGAAGAGGAGGAGGACGGAGAGCCGACGGUCACCAGAGCUGGACGAGUUGUGAAGAAGAAGCCGCAAUUUGAUUCUUAAUUCUUAAUUCUUUUUUUUUUUAAUUAUUAUUUUUUUUACAUUUUUUCUCCAUUUUUUCCCCAAAAGUAGUUUUAAUUGGGUUUUUUUUGGGCUUAAAAUUUGAAUUUUUCGCGAAUUUUUGAACCAAAAAUCGAAAUUUCCUAGGAUUUUUAAGCUGGAAAUUGGAAUUUUACAGAAAAAUUGACUUUUUUUUCUGAUUUUUGACACAAAAAUUAGUUUUUCUUCGUUUUUUAGCCACAAAAAUCAUGAAAUUUUCCUGUGACUUUUUAGGCAAAAAAUUUGAAUUUCAAGCUAUUUUAAGCCAAAAACUAAGUUUUCACUUAAAAUUUUCGUUUUUAAUUUAGAAAUUUAGAUUUCACGAAAAAUUGUUGAAAUACCGCUUUUUUUUCUGUCGAUAAUUGAAAUUUCAGCCUGGAAAUUAGAAUUUCUCUCUAUUUUGGCAUUUUUUAGCCUAUAAAUUUGGAUUUCACUGAAAAAUUGAAAAAAAAGACUAAAAAAUUAAGUUUUUGCUGAUUGUUGCCCCAAAAAUUGAGUUCUUUCCGAAAAAAUUGAGAAAAAAACUCCAAAUUUUGGCCUAUAAAAAUUGAAAUUUUAAUCUUAAUCUCGACAAAUCUGCCGAAAAUUGAAAAUUUUGAAUUUUCAGCGAUUUUCAGCCGAAAAACCGAAAAAAUCGAGAAAUUUUUAUUCUGAAAUUUAAAAAUUACAUGGAAUACAAAUUUCCACUGAAAAUUUUCAGUUUUCAAUGAAAAAUCCGUUGAAUACUUGCAAAAAAUGAAAAAUAACCUUUUUGUGGGCGUGGCUUGCAAUUUAACAAGCUCCGCCCCCAUUUAAUGGUCAAAAAUUGUUUUUUUUUCCCCUAAAAAUCGAAAUCGCCCCAAUUAAAACUACCAAGCUUUGACUUUAAAAGUCAAUGUUUUUAAAUAUUACCCCCUGAUUCAUUUUGAUCUCCUGUACCCCCCCCCCCCCCUCUUUAUCCUUUUUUUUCUAAUUUUCCUAUUUUAUAACCUCUUACGGAUGAAUUUCUCUUAAUAGA